UCAGUGGUCAUCCGAGCCCCGCCUCUCCCUGAAGGUUUCGGCCCACGGCACAGGCCGACUUGCUUCAGCUGGCCGUAUCGAGCUUGGGUCGGAGAGUCGGAAGCAGGGAGGAAAGGCGUCUGCGGGAUUCUGCUCUCCCGCCCUCGCCCGGUCCUGGGGCCUCGGGCAUGGCGGAGGAGCGAGGCGGGGCGUGGUUCGGCUUCGGUUUCUGCGGCUUCGGGCAGGCGCUGGGCUCCGGGUGCGGAUCCCAGUCGGUGGCCAGCCCCGAGCCGCUGCUGGCGGGCGUGGACGUGCGCCGCGUGAGCGCGGGCUGGAGCUACACCGCCUUGGUGACCCGUGGGGGCCGCGUUCACCUGUCGGGCGCGGCGCGCGGCGAGGCGGGCGGCUGCAGGGACGCGUGGGCCUCGGAGCGGCUCCUCGUGCUGCUGCGCGCCGGGCCGGGCCGGGGACAGGGACAGGAACAGGGACGCGGGGCCGAGCUCCAGGCCUGGGCGCCCGGCUCGACGCUGCGCGGGGAGCCCCUGUGGACCCAGAGCCUGGAGCCCGAGGCCGGGGCCGGGGCCGGGGCGCUGCCGCUGCUGCCCGGAGCCCGCGCCUUCGCCAGCCCGCAGCCGCCCUGGCGCCGCCCUCUGUGCCCCGAGCUGCGCGCGCGCCGCCUGGAGCUGGGCGCCGAGCACGCGCUGCUGCUGGCCGCCUCCGGCCAGGUGUUCUCCUGGGGCGGGGGCAGGCACGGACAGCUGGGCCACGGGACGCUGGAGGCAGAGCUGGAGCCAAGGCCGCUGGAGGCGUUGCAAGGCCUGCCCAUGGCCGAGGUGGCCGCCGGCGGCUGGCACUCCGUGUGUGUGAGCGACACGGGGGACAUUUACGUCUGGGGCUGGAAUGAAUCAGGGCAGCUGGCCCUGCCCACCAGGAGCCUGGCAGAGGAUGGGCACACAGUCACAGGGGAAGGUAGGGUCAACCUGACUUCCACGGCCACCUCCUGGGGAAUCCCACUGGCCGGAGAGCCACAGUGCUCAGGGAACGUGAGACAUCCUUCACCCCAGGGCACACCACGGGAUCCUGAGGCCCUUAGAGGGCGAGCGGGGACAAGAUGGAUGUCAGUCUGGCACCGCACGGCCUGCGAGCGGGAGCUCCAGCGCUUGGUGUGGAAUGGGCUGGGCUCUGCGGGGCGGCUGGAGUGCAGCCGUGCGUGUAAGGUUGAGCUCGGCGUGCGUUACCUGUUGCUCCGACCUCCUAAAGCCACAGGACGCAGUGAAGAUGGCUCAGCCGGCGCCGAGGACGUCCCCGUCAUAGCUGUCCAGCCCUUCCCAGCUUUACUGGACCUUCCCGGGGGUGCAGAGGCAGCCAAGGCCAGCUGUGGCUCUCGGCACACAGCUGUGGUGACACGAACUGGAGAGCUGUUCACCUGGGGCUGGGGAAAAUACGGACAGCUCGGCCACAGGGACACCACCAGCUGGGAUCGACCCCGCCUCGUGGGCUACUUUGCAGAUAAACGGCUCCAUGUGAAGACUGUCACCUGUGGGCCUUGGAACACCUAUGUGUAUGCCAUGGAGAGGGGGGAGAGCUGACGUACAUGCAGGUGUGGUCUUUAUAAAAUGCAGAGAAGCGCAUAAAACAUGGAUACAGCAAGCCUGCCUCGUGUGCGGAUUUCUUAAAUGUGGCUUUGACAAAGCAAUCAAAAAAUAGCCAGUGCCGGGCACGGUGGCCCACAGCUGUAAUCCAAGCUACUUGGGAGGUGGAGAUCCAGAGGGUCUUGGUCGAAGCCAAGAAAAGUCAGCAAACCCGACAUCUCAACAGACAAGAUAGGUAACCGUGGCACAGACUCAUGGGUCCCAGCUACUGAGUGCAGGUCGGAGGAUCGAGGUCUGAGCUGGCCCUGGGCAAAAUCACGAGACCCCCCCCCAAAAAAAAUAACAAAGAGAACAGGUGGGGCUGUGGCUCGAGUGGAAACGUGACCGCCUCAAGCUGGGUUCUCUUGGUGAGGGUUAUUUUUGUUCUUCCGUGUUUGUUACACCAUGCUGCACAAGUUCUGCACGACGUUCACUCGGGAUUGGUAGGUCACGAGAUCUUGUCAAUUUGUUAAACUUUACUACUUUUUUGGUUCAUUUUUGAGAUCAGGUCUUGCUUUUGUUGCUUAGCUGGCCUUCAACAACAAGCCUCCUGAUCUCUGCCUCUGAAGUAGCUAGGAUUACAGAUUUGAGCCACCAGCACCUGGCUACACACUAGUUUUAAUUUGCAUUUCCUCUGGAGUGCUGGCAUUCCAGAAGUGUGGCAUUUUGCCAGCCUGGGAGUUUUCUGUCCUUUUAAAACUUUUUGUAUUUUUUUAAAGUGGUUUGUGCUCUAUGUGUUUUAGGUACAAAUCCCUUGUGUUAGGGAUUUUUUUUUCAGUCUCUUGGGAUUAAGAGUUUUGAAAGAU